AUGUCGAAAAACUGGGUGGCUAGUAAUGGCUACAUGCGAACAAACUUGGUCGACUGUACACAGGAAAUAAGAGACAAUCCUUGUUGGGGCGACAAUGGCGCCGGCGUCAACUGCGUCGAUGCCCAAGGACAAUGGAUCCUCUAUGAAAUAAUAAACAGUGGAAGUUUCCUUUGCACAGGCCAGAAUGCCACGAGCACAAAGAUACUGUCUCAUCUUGACUGGAUCAAGGAAGCCAUUGAGACCAAGGAGUUUGCCUGA